AGAGUGGCUCAGUCUCAAGCGGGUCCCGGGCGACGUCCACCCAGCGAAGAUGAAGAUGGUGAAGACUGGCCUUGCUCUCCUGGGGGCCGUGCUGUGUGCUGCUUCCGAAGAAUCGCUGCAGGAGCGUGUCGCAGCCUUGGAGAGACUGCUGGCGCAGCAGGAGCAGCUUUUGGACCAGCAGAUGCAGCAACUGCAGAGCUCCGAGCGCCGCCUCCAACUGGAUGAUUUGCCUCCCAGCAUCCACGGGGCCACCACAAACGUCACCCGGGCCUACACGGCGAGCGAAGAGGUGAAAGGCGCCCUGGACCACAUGUGGCUCAUCGUCUGCGGUGCCAUGGUGAUGUUCAUGCAGGCCGGCUUCGCCAUGGUGGAGUCCGGCUGCUGCCGCGCCAAGAACGUGCAGAACAUCUUGCUCAAGAACUUGUCGGACGUUUGCGUCGGCACCAUCGGGUGGUGGUUCAGUGGCUGGGCCAUCGCCUACGGCGGCCCAAUGAAGGACGGCCUGCUCGAGAACGGCUUCAUGGGCCACGAGCAAUGGUUCGGCAUCGGCUUCGUUGGGUACAAGCAGGACGGUCAGUUGGAGCCCACCACGGGGAUGCUGAACUGGUUUUUCCAGUGGGCCUUCUGCUCGGCCGCCGCCACCAUCGUCUCCGGCGGCGUGGCGGAGCGCGUGAGCUUCGGCGGCUACGUGUGCUACUCCUUCCUCAUGACGGCUUUCGUGUACCCGGUGAUUGUGGCCUGGACUUGGGGCUACGGAUGGCUGGCCAGCAUCAACUCCGCCGGCUUCAUGGAUUUUGCCGGCAGCGGUGUGGUGCACAUGACAGGCGGCGUGGGCGCGCUGGUGGGCGCCGUCAUUGCGGGGCCCCGCACUGGGCGCUUCGAGAAUCCGGAGCAGUUCGGACCCCACAGCUUGCCCUUGAUGGUGCUGGGCACCUUCAUUCUGUGGUUUGGCUGGUAUGGGUUCAACUGCGGGUCCACCUUGGGCAUGAACUCCAUCAGCUCAGGCUUCAUGGCGGCGCAGGUGGCAAUGAACACCACCAUCGCAGCGGCCACCGGGGGCCUCGUUGUCUUCAUCCUGCGCCUGGCGAUGACCAGGAAGUACGACAUCGGUGGGUUCUGCAACGGCAUCCUCGCAGGCCUGGUCUCCAUCACCGCCCCCUGCGGGAACGUGGAGUGCGGCAGCGCCUUUGGCAUCGCCAUCCUCGGAGCCUGCGUCUACCAAGGAGCCUCCUCGCUGCUCCAGAAGCUCAAGGUGGACGACCCCAUCGACGCCUUCGCGGUGCACGGCGCCGCGGGCGCCUGGGGCGUGCUGGCGGCGGCCCUCUUCGACUGGGGCAAAGACAUGGACUUCCAUCACGGCUGGAGCGGCUUCGGGUGCGUGGCAGGGGAGGACGGGAGCUGCGUGUCCGGCGCCAACGGAGACGCCCUCGCGGCAAACCUUCUGGAGGUGGUGAUGAUUCUGCUCUGGACCGCUUUCUGGACCACGGCGAUCAUGUUGCCGCUGCGCUUGGCCGGCCUCUUGCGGGUCUCGGAUGAGGACCAGGAGUCCGGCAUCGAUACCGUGAAGCACUCCCCCACCAAGGCCUAUAGCAUCGAGGUGACAGCGGCGGACAAGGCGGAGAUCAGCCAGGGCACGCCCAAGGCCUUCAUCUCCAACCCGCAGGCCCCGUCGCCGCCCAUGGAGGCAGCACCCAUGGCGCCCGAGACGGAGCCCUAGGAGCGAAUACGAGUGAGAGAUGUCAAAGUUACGAGUUGGCGUGCUCCGCAAAGCGGCGUUUGAGAAAUGGUGAUACCAAUGGCAUCUGAAUGGU